AUGGAGAAUAAGAGCGAAAGCAGUCAGAAUUUAACAGAAAUGGCCCCUGUUGAGAGAACAUCGGAGACAUCGCAACUUGUUCCGCCUUCUAAUAAUGCAAAACCAAGUUACUUGAAUAUUAUAAAUAAUAUAUGUGCUCUUGUUUUUACUGGAAUUAUUACUUACUGUUGUUUUAAAGAUGGAUUAUCGUUAUUUUCAUUUCAUCCAACUUUAAUGACAAUAGGCUGGCUGAUAUUUAUGACUUCUGCAGUAAAUGCUGUUACACCGGGAGAUUUAGCUACUGAAUGGAUGCCUAUAAGGUUGAGAAGUGCGCGUCAUUGGAUAACCCAUAGAUUAAAAGAUGCCGAACAUCAAAAUACAAUCGUC